AUGAGACCUCAUGGAUAUAGUCGUGAAUUUACAUCAAACCAUUCAUAUCAGGAUUUCUGUCCACUCAAGUGGUCCUGUUUUGAGGACGAGUUAUUGCAUCGGGCGGACAAAGCAGUGACUUAUGUCAUUUACACUCCAACCUAUGAUCACAUUAUUACGAUGGAAGUAACCAAUGGUUUGGUAACCAUUCCGAGUCCAUGGGAUCGCAUUAACAUCAUUUCAAAGCUUACAUUCAGUUGGGUGUGGAGUCUAUUCAUUCGGGCGCACAAAAAGGACCUCGAUUUCAGUGAUCUCUACCGCUGCCCAAAAUCAGAUGAGACACAUCGAGUCCGACAGAAACUGGAAAUCAAAUGGGAUAACCAAUUGAAAAGUAAAGGAAAGCCAUCGCUUUUUAGGGCACUCUUCGCAUCGUUCGGACCCGAACUCAUUGUCCUCUAUAUCUCCGAUGUUAUCAGAGAAUUGGGACCAAUAUUGUUUCAGCCGUAUUGUAUUGUAUAUUUGGUGAGAUAUUUCAACAAUGACCCCAACACUAGCCAGUGGUGGGCCAUAUGGGCGGCCGUAGGUAUUGUGUUGGCGUCCAUUGCAAACAUGAUUAUCAUAUUUAGGAACCAUAUUUUGUUUUCCAAAGUUGGUUUCAGAAUCCGUGUCGCCUGUUGUGCCCUAAUCUACCGCAAGUCCAUGCGUUUGAGUCAUUCAUCACUCGGACAGACAACUGUUGGCCAGAUAUUGAACAUUAUGUCCAACGAUGUCCACAGAUUUGACCAGUUUGCACAAUAUUCGCGAGCAUUGUUUGUGGCGCCACUGCAGGCGGUGAUUGUGUUAUACUUGUUGUGGCCGUACCUGCGGUGGGCGUGUUUGACGGGAAUGGGAAUACUUGUGCUGUUUAUACCAUUUCAAGUACUAAUGGGUCGUAUGUUUCGGAGUAUACGUCAAAAGACGGCAAAAUUAACUGACAGUCGAAUCCGUUUAAUGCAAGAGAUUAUCGCCGGAAUGCGUGUCAUAAAGAUGUACGCCUGGGAACAGCCCUUCGCACAGUUGGUCGCAAUCGCUCGCAAAUCCGAAGUGAAACAAAUCCGUUUAUCAAAUUUUUUGAAAGGGGUUAACCUUUCGAUUUAUUUUGUGAUAAUACGGGUUAUAAUAUACGCCUGUUUUCUAACAUAUAUACUGAUGGGUGGGAUGUUGUCGGCGGAGACAGCCUUUGCCACUAUUGGUUACUUUAAUGCUCUUCGUUGGUCAAUAGGGCUAAAUGCACCCCUAGGUAUAGCAGCUCUCAAUGAGAUAAUUAUAGUCAUCAAACGUAUCCAGAAUUUUCUAUUACUCGAAGAGAUGAGUGGUUUGGAUGAGAGGGAAGGGAAAGACAACGAGGCGUUCAUUUCGGGGGAAAAUGAGAUAAUUCUCGGAGUAAUGGAAAACACUUCGAGUAAUGAAGAAAAAUAG